GGAGCAUCCGCCCAACCAGAGUCGCUACGCUCCCACAUACCAGACUUUUGGGUGGACUCGCUGCUCCAGGUUGUCCCGGCGCCGCCUGCCACACGAACCGCGAUGCGUAUGGCUUGAUGCCAGCAUGGUUUUUGGUAGCUGCCGGAGGGCCUGCGAAAGCAGGUGCCGAGGAUUGGAUCCCACGGUCAUCGCCGCCCAUGCGUAUAUAUUUUAACCGCUGCUAGGUACCUCGAAAUUAAGGAUGGCGAGAUGGCAUCGGCCUUCCUCCUUGUGACAUCGCACGCCAUCUAUUAUCCCAUCCUGCAUUCCAUCCAGCAUUCCAUCCGUCAAUCCGUCCUUGAAGCUCUUUGUCCGCGUCUCUCCGAAGCAGUCCGUUUCCUUUCCUUGGAUUUGCCGGGCAUUAUCCAAACAACACUAUCACCGCGACCGAUCGGAAAGAAGCAUUCUCACGCCUAGACAUAGCAUCUAUACAGCCACAGCCUUUCGUUACCGGCAUUUUCCAUCGGACACGUCGCUGCCAUGACGGACGUACGCGAUCUGCGCAUCGUCAUCAUCGGUGCGGGCAUGGGAGGGUUGGGGACCGCACUCGCGUUUGCCAAGAAGGGGUUCAAGAACAUCGACGUAUUCGAGACGGCGUCCAACUUGGGCUUCGUCGGCGCGGGCAUCCAGAUGCCGCCCAACGUCAUCCGGGUGCUCCAUCGCCUAGGGUGUUGGGAAGACAUCUUCGCCGAGGCGACCAACGUCAAGGCGACUAGCAUCAGGCGUAAGCGAGCCAAACUCCCGGGCAACCCGUCUCCGGCCGGACCUAUAGACGCGUGGCCCCGUCAAGUGAACUGACUGUUGUUGAAAAAACUA